GUCCAUCAUGGCGUAGAUUGAAAAGUUGGAGCAUCAACUUGAGCCGUGCUCCAGGAAACAUGGCUCGGUUCCGCCACUUCUCUCGUCGCUUGUGUCUAGUUUUGGCUGCUGUCGUGGGCUUCCGCCUGCUGCCGUGCGCAUGCGAGCGAGUGAGUCCGGAGAGGUGUCUGCUGUGGGGCCCCGGGCUGCAGCCGGACCUGGUUCUGCCGGUCCGAUACUUCUACAUCCAGGCGGUCGACGAGCGAGGAGCCAACUGGACCGUGUCUCCGGGGAAAGACUCUUUCAGAGUGAAGAUCACCUCCAUGGAGCAGAAGCACGUGCGGAUCCACGUCCCGGCGCCUCUGGACCGAGGAGACGGCUCCUUCCUGGUGAGGUACCGACUGUACGGGUCGGCGCGGGCCGGCCUCAGGGUGGAGGUGCUUCACCAGGACUCUCCGGUGGCUGGGUCCCCGUACCUUCUGGCAGGUCCGGUCUACCACGAGUACUGCGACUGCCCAGAACCGGACGCCUCCGCCUGGCAGCGGCUCAUGCAGUGUCCGGCCCAGGAGCCUCAGGUGCAGGAGGACUUCAGGUCCUUUCCCUCCGUGGACCUGGAGCGUCUGAGAGAAGAAGUUCCUGGCAGGUUCUCCAACAGAGGUGGCCUCAUCCACUACACGCUCCUGGACAACCGGCUGUUCCGCCGGACGCUGGGGAAGUACACCGACUUCAAGAUGUUCUCCGACGAGAUGCUGCUGUCCCUGACCCGCAAGGUGAAGCUUCCAGACCUGGAGUUCUACAUCAACGUGGGCGACUGGCCGCUGGAGAGCCGGAGAGCCGACGCGGGUCCUGUUCCGGUCUUGUCCUGGUGCGGUUCCACGGAGACCCGGGACAUCGUCUUGCCCACGUACGAGGUCACCCACUCCACACUGGAGGCCAUGAGGGGCGUGACCAAUGACCUGCUGUCCGUCCAGGGGCACACGGGUCCUCAGUGGGAGAACAAAACGGGCCGGGCCUUCUUCCGAGGCCGGGAUAGUCGCGAGGAGCGCCUCCGUCUGGCCACUCUGUCCCAGAGCCACCCGGACCUGCUGGACGCCGGCAUCACAGGCUGGUUCUUCUUCAGAGACCGGGAGAAGGAGGUGGGCAAGGCCCCGCUGGUGGGCUUCUUCGACUUCUUCAAGUUCAAGUACCAGGUGAAUGUGGACGGCACGGUGGCUGCGUACCGCUUCCCCUACCUGAUGCUGGGCAACAGCCUGGUGCUGAAGCAGGACUCGCCGUACUACGAACACUUCUACACGCACCUGCGACCCCACUCUCACUUCCUGCCCGUCCAGAGGGACCUGUCUGACCUGCUGGGGAAGAUCCGCUGGGCCAGGGCGAACGACACGGCGGCCCGGCAAGUGGCCCGGGCAGGUCAGGAGCUGGCCCGAGAGCUGCUGCAGCCCAGCAGACUCUACUGUUACUACCUCAAAGUUCUGCUCACGUACGCGCAGCGCCAGAGCGGACCACCUCUGAGACACCCCGACAUGGAGGAGGUGCCGCAGCCCCGGGACCACACUGCAGCGUGCACCUGCGAGCGCGCCGCGGCGCACGCUGUGAAAGACGAACUUUGACCUCAUCUGUUAUUAGAAUAAAUGUG